UAUAUUCGUUGUAAAAUUGUGUCGGUUUUAAUUGUAAAACAAAACAAUUGGCAUAUUGAAAUGUAAACAAAGUGCCCUUGCAUUUGUCUAUAUAUAUGUGUAUGUGUGUGUCUGCAUGUAAAGUUAAUUUUUAAAUAGAAAAGAGCAAUCAAAGACGGGAGCGUCGCAACAACACGAAAAGAAAAGAUUAUAGUGAGGAGAAAAAAUGGAUAACUAAAAAAACCAGUCAAAGAUUGGGAAUAGUAAAGUGCAUAAACGGAAUAAGUAUGCUGCAAUAUAAGAGUGCCACAACAACAACAGCCAGCAGCGGCACGGGCAAGGGUCCUCAACCUGCUCAAUCCACUCAAGGUGGUCCUCAACCUGCUAGUAUCUCGGUUCCUCAAAUGCAGCAGAUAAUAAAUAUUCACCAGAUGCCACCACAAUUCACCGCUGCUGGUGGUGGUGCCACGACUGGUCUGCCCCAAAAUAUGUUUCAGAUUGUCCAACCGAUGCCCAUGCAGACGGUGAAUAUUGAUGGUCAGGAGGCCAUCUUUAUUCCCAAUCUAAAUGCCCAAAUGGGUCAACUGGCCACAGCUCAGGCGGUAAAUAUCAAUGGACAGCAGGCAUUUAUUACCCCAAAUGGCCAGAUUGUGAGAGCUCCGCAGCAGCAGCAGCAGGUGCCAGCAACGGCGAUUAAUGGAUUGGGCCAGGAGCAGCAGCAACAGCAAACUCAAUUGUUUAGCAUUCCAGUCGCAAAUUUCAUUCAGCAGCAGCAGCAGCACCAGCAACAACAACAGCAACAAGUCCAAUCCCAGCAACAGCACCAACAACAACAGCAACAGCAGCAGGUGACAGUACCCGGAAAUACGGCGCCCAAUGGCAGUGGUGGUACAUUCACUAUACCGGGAACCAAUCUACAGAUACCUACCUCUGUGGCUGCAGCCAAUGGUCUGUUGGGUAAUUUAACGAAUCUCUUAGGCGGAGCCGGCGCUGGUGGCGCGGGAGUAGGAAGCGCAGUAAACGCAGUAAAGCUGGAGAAUGGCCAGAUACAAUUGCGUCCUCAAUUGCUGCAGUUUCCCUCCGCCGCUCUGCCACAACAACCCACUUUUGUGCCACAACAACAGCAGCAGACGGUGGCCGUUCAGAUUCCAAUGCAGACGGCAAAUGGUCAGACCAUUUACCAAACAGUUCAUGUGCCAGUACAAACUGCUGCAGCACCUCAGCCAAACCUCAUGCAAGCCCAGACACUUCCACUGCCCGGUCAUGCUCAGAUGCAGUUGAUGCCGCAGUUUACACAAAUUGCGCAAAUUGUGACGCCCAAUGGACAGAUUCAGCAGGUGCAACUGGCCAUGCCAUAUCCACAGUUGCCACCCAAUGCCAACAUCAUUCACAUACAGAAUCCUCACCAGCAGCAGCAGCAGCAGCAGCAACAACAACAACAACAGCUUCUACAGGCCAUCAAUGAGGCGUCAGCAGGUGGACAAUUGCCAGCGAAUCAACCGAUUACAAUCACCAAUGCACAGGGUCAGCAACUGACUGUGAUUCCUACCCAACUAAGACAGAAUUCGGUUGCUCCGUCCGCUGGAGCAUCUGCACCACCAAAUGCACUUCCUGUACCCGCUCCUGCACCCACGCCUGCUCCUACACUAACUCCACUGCAGCUGCCACCCAAUCUUCAGGCUUUACCAAUACAAAAUAUUCCCGGAUUGGGUCAAGUACAGAUAAUACAAGCAAAUCAAUUGCCAAGCAACUUGCCAGCCAAUUUACAGCAAUUGAUGGGUCAGCUACCUGGCUUAACCCAACCGAAACAGGAACCCCAAAGUCCCAAUCAGAUGUUGACUCACAUCAAACAGGAACCACCAGAUAAUCUGAAUCCCAUCCCAACUCCAGCUCCAGCCCCUACUCCCACUCCUACUUCAGCACCUGUUGCUGCUCCUCCUCCUCCUCCUCCUUCAGUCCAUCCUCCGCAAUCCACCACCACUCAACAAAUUAAAUUCAUACAAUCUGAAGGGAAUUCCCUAGCCAGUGUGACUAUUCCGGCGUCGAUUCAAAUCACAGCCUUACCUACGACACCAACAACUACCCAGGCUCAAGGAGUUCCUUCCUCGAGAAGCUUAACCAAGACACAACCCAUUAGCACUCAAAUAACGAUAGCACCGACUGGAGGUCAGAUGGUCUCACGAACUGGAGCCAGUAUAAGGCACACUUCAACCAUCAGCAAUAACACCACGAGCCAUUUAAACACUGUGUCCGCAUCGGCAACAACAGCAACUCCUGUGAAUCCGCCCACCCAAACCACUGUCAGUGUCAAUAUCAAUGUGGACACUGGAAGUGCACCGGCGGCUACACCCGCAUUGGCUCCGGAAAUCAAACCCCGUCUAAAGCGUGUGGCCUGCACUUGUCCCAAUUGCACGGAUGGAGAGAAGCAUUCGGAUCGUAAGCGUCAGCAUAUUUGCCAUAUUCCCGGUUGCCAGAAAGUCUACGGCAAGACCUCACAUCUGCGUGCCCAUUUACGCUGGCAUACGGGCGAACGACCAUUUGUUUGCUCCUGGGUUUUCUGUGGCAAACGAUUCACUCGGUCGGAUGAGCUGCAGCGGCACAGACGCACCCAUACCGGGGAGAAGCGUUUCCAGUGCGGCGAAUGCAACAAGAAGUUCAUGCGUAGCGAUCACCUAUCUAAGCACAUCAAGACCCACUUCAAGACCCGCUCCGGAGUGGAACAAAUCGAUCUGAAUAUCAAGCAGGAGCAGAAACAGCAUGCCCCCAAGACAAUUAGUACAAUGAGUGGCAUUGUGACCAUUGAGUUGCCUGCUGGAGCCAGUGGUGGUGGCACUGGAGCCGGAAGUGGUGCCUCAAGUGUAGCCGCAACGGUUGCGGGCUCAACUGUAACGGCAACGCCCGGAGGAGCCACAAUUGUUCAACUGCCAGCUGCCCAUCAACAGCAGGAUCAGGAAGAUGGAGCCAUAAAUACUUUUGGUGAAGACGAUGACGAGGAGGAGGAUGAUGGCGAAGAAGGCGAAGACGAAGAAAUGACCGAGGAAGAUGGCGAAGAUGAUGAAGAGGAUGACGAAUUGGAGAUGGACGAACAAGAUGAUGACGAUGAGGAUAGUGGAGAUGAGGAGAAGAUGACCAUUUCGGUUAGCGAGCUGGGCGAAAACAACUCAUCCAACUAGCAUUCGGAGUCCCUGUUCAUGGAACAGUUCAUGUUUGAUCAUUUCCCAUAGCACAGGAUUGUUAUAGAAUUUUAAACGAGAUCCAAUUGAAUUGUAUAAAU